GUGUCUCUUUUUGAGAUGAGCGAGGGAUGCCUGCUUGAAUAUAAUUCAGUUGAAGUGCUUAUUGGGGUCCCUACAUGCUACCCAAAGAAAGGGACAAGACUCGACAUAGCCAUGGAAAACCACAUCGAAAGCUCCACCAUAAAUAGCUAUUUCUCGUUCCAAAUCCGGAACAACCGCUCCAUCAGCUUUGAGCAGAAUCUUUUCCUAGUUAUAAAAAUCUCAGGUGUCGCUGAUGAUGAGAUUUGUCAUCUGAAACUUUAUCAGCAACACCGUAUUGAAGCUUUA